UUUUGAGUUUCGCCUUCGCACGUUCCGCCGAUCGGAUUCGGAGCGGAAUCCCCCGGUCCGUCGAUCUCUCGCGUCGGUGAUCUGCUCCGCUCCGCUCCGAUCCUUCAUGGCGUCUCUCCUCGAAUCGUGCUGGCUGGUGGAAUGUUUGAUGAUUUGAUUUUGAUGUUGCAUCAAAAGCCUUAUUUGAAUGGGGUUUGUGGCCGUACAAAAUUGAUCUCGCUGCAUGAUUUGGUCAUUGGACAACCCAGUCUCCUGUAGAAGGCAAAUCAGUUUCAAAUAGAAAGUGCAAUUUUCUCAGUAUGGCCAUGGAUGGAACAGUUCGGUCGAACAACAUAAUAUCUUAUUACACAUUUCAGUGAGUUCCAGUUGGCAACUAUUGGAUCCUUCUUAAUUCAUGAAAGCGUCUUCUUCUUGUCUGGUCUUCCAUCUAUAUAUUUUGAAAGGUCAGGGAUUUUCAGCAAAUACAAAAUUCAGAAAAAGGUCAACACUCCAGAAGCACAAAGGAGAUGCAUUUUGCGCCUAAUUUUAUACCAUUUAUGCGUCAACUUACCUGUUAUGCUCCUUUCCUAUCCUACUUUCAGACUCAUGGGUCUAAGAAGUAGUCUUCCAUUGCCACACUGGAGUGUUAUUGUCUCUCAAAUUAUUUUCUACUUCAUCUUGGAGGAUUUUGUGUUCUACUGGGGGCACAGAAUACUGCACACCAAAUGGCUAUAUAAGCACGUCCACAGUGUGCAUCACGAGCAUGCUACACCUUUUGGGCUGACAUCCGAGUAUGCUCAUCCCGCCGAAAUCUUAUUCCUUGGCUUUGCCACAAUCCUGGGACCAGCCUUAACUGGCCCUCACCUCUUCACACUGUGGUUAUGGAUGAUAGUGAGAGUCAUCGAAACUGUUGAGGCACACAGUGGAUACGAUUUUCCAUGGAGCCCUUCAAAUUUCUUGCCCUUGUAUGGAGGUGCUGAAUUCCAUGACUAUCAUCACCGUGUGCUUUAUACAAAGUCAGGCAAUUAUGCGUCUACUUUCGUUUACAUGGACUGGUUGUUUGGUACCGAUAGAGACUAUCGGAAGAUGAAGGCUCUCGAGGAAGAAGGAAGGAAAUACUGAGUACGGUAGUAUAUUCGAACAACCCAAGUCUGUCUGGUAGGCAUCACCUGAAAUCUGGAAGGUACACAGACAUCUUCACAUUGUAAUAAGCACUAGAGUAUUUGACGAAAACAAAUCUUUAAGAUUGAAUGCCUUGCCUACAGUGAUUCUUCUUUUUGUCGCUUGAAUUUGCUGAGCUGAUUAGAAUUGGUUGUGACACCUUUACGCUUUACACUGGAUUGGUGCUUGUUGAACUU